AUGCAGCUGGAGGAGCCGAGGAGGUGGGCAGGUGGAGGCCCGGCGGAGGAAGGUGGCGGUCAAGCGGAGCCGCGGAGGAGGACUAGGUCUGGCCGUCUGGGAGGCUGGCGGAGGAGGACUAGGUCUGGCCGUCUCGCCAUCACUACUCACUCGUCCCUGUCUGGGUUUCGAAGAGGGGUGUUGCGGCGCCGGCAACAAGAAGCGGAGAGGAGAAGGAGAGGCGGCGGGCGAAGACGGCGAAGGAGAAGCGGACUGGAGAAGGAGAGGCGGCGGGAGAAGAGCCGAAGAUGA